AUGUUAGAAUUUCAAUCUUUUAUAAUGAAGGUCUUUUUGAUUAUCGUGCUAGUUCAUGCAGUUUGUGUAGCAGUUGACAGUGCAAGUGGCAGAAACAUCGGAAUAGCUCCUCGAAGUGAUGCCGCCGAUUAUCAAUUUUCAUUCCAAGUAUCGAUUCAAUUUAAUAGUAUUGUAUUCGGAACGAUACAUAUCUGCAGUGGGGCCGUCAUCAACAACCGUUUCAUUUUGACUUCUGCCAGUUGUGUUCAUGAAUACAGACCUAACUGGAUCAAUGCGAUUUUGGGGUAUACUCGAAUGGGCCGAUCCUGUACUAAUCUAAGCAUUGAAAAUAUCGAUCAACAUGAAUCGUUCAGUGCAUUUCCGCUGAGAAAUAAUAUAGCGCUAUUGCAAACGGUGUCAGAAAUUGAGUUUUCAAAUCAAAUUCAACCAGUGCAAUUGCCAAUCAAUUGGUCAAAUGAUAUGAAUAGAAAUCUCACGAUAAGUGGAUGGCAUAGAAGUUCCAACAUAGACAUCGUCACAUUUACUUACUCAAACCAACAGUUCCAAUACAACGAUACCAGUUAUGUGGAAUGCAAAACAAAACAAAUACACCAGGAUAACCCGUAUGGAAUUGUUUGUAAAGAAAAUGAAUUUUCUGGAUCUGAAUAUACUUUAGACAAAGGAAGCCUUUUGACAGAAAACAACUACUUGGUGGGAAUAAUAUCACUUGAUAGGUACCACAAUUCAGGAGAUCCCCUUACGUACACUAACAUUUCAUCAUAUGUCCCAUGGAUUGAAGCAAACUUAAAAGUCAAAAAAAGUUCAGAAUCAGAAUCAAAAUCAUAUAUCUGGCCAUAUAUUUAUCUUGGUCUAAUUGGGGGAAUAGUUUUUAUUGUGCUAACUUAUUUGUUUCGUAAAUGUUGUAAAUACAUUGCAGAACGCCCAACCCCGAAUUAUACAACAACACCGAAUCAGACAACAGCUACUUCUCCUCAAACUUUCAGACGCAUAGAUCCUGACAGAGUUAUUGUACCUAUACAUACGAUGGACGAAAGUGAGCAUGUUCCAUCUGCACCACCAUCUCAAAGCGUGCCAACAGCUCCGUCCGCGAUCACACCAUUGCCAAACGCAUCAACACCACCACCAACACCCCCUCCAAGCUACGAUACUUUAUUCCCUGUUAAAGUGGAAGAUGACUCAGACACACGAUUUUAAAUUAUAUUUCCCAUUUUAAAUUAUAUUUCAUGAAAUAAAAAAGCGAAUGAAUUUGUCCACUCAUUUCGAAAACCAA